CAAGGACCUGCGACGCGUUUGGCACGUACUGAUGUACCUACUUGACUCACGACUGUGGGCAGAUAUUCUGACUCCGCACGCUCGCAGGCGGCAAGCUUCUCGGGGGCGACUAUCCGCCAGGCAGCUCGUCAGUGUAAGAGACCUCGAUGAGACAGGCAGCGAUCGGCGCGCAAGUCCCCGGCCAAAGCUGCGAAAGCCACGCACGCACGCAUGCACGCACAACAAGCGAAGCGACGGAGGAAAGCCUAAAAUGAAAGUCGAGUGUCGGUGCUGUGGUCAAGGAACGUGUUUGCACAAAUCUUGCCUGAUUCUUGCAGGCUCGCAUCGAGAAGCUCAAAUAGAGAAGGGAGAGACAGGUGAAUGGAGGGAUGAGUGGCAUCCCCUCCUAAGCUACCAUCAUAGAUUGCAGUCCCGACGGUCACGAGAACGUUGCAUCUCAACUUCUCAAGGACUUUGUGGCACGCCGCAUCGCCCGUGUACCUGCAGGCAUCCUAUCAAAUCCACCGGUCUGCUUGUCUCUACACCUAGCUUGGACGCAUAGGCACCGCCAAGCCGACAGCAUGUCGCAAUCCAACGCAGCGUCGCGGGAUGAGCCCGUCGAGCAGGUGUUGGAUCAGCAAGCCAAGCCUGAGGGUUCUUCUGGUACUGCAGAGAUGGAAAAGUACGACACCCAGGCGCAGCCCAACUUGGAACGAGUGACCAGCACAGCGUCCCACAAAACCAUUCCCAUCGGUACAUUGGAUCCAAGCGGUGAGUAUCGUGUCAGUGCUGCGUCUCCUCGUA